GCGGAGUCGAGUUGACUGAGGAAGGGGCGUGAACGAGCACCCGAGCUGUCAUUCUCCGCUGUGCAAACCCAAAUAAACAAGAGAACCCUAUUUCCGAACACGUUAGUUCACAUUUGGCACAUUGUGACAAUUUUAAAGUUUCCAAAUACUGGGCUUUGUGGAGCGGAGAAUGGCAGCUGAGGUGAAUGGCAGUUCAGCUCUGACUAAGGAGGAAGAAGAGCCCAUGGACAUAACUGUUACACACACCGAGAACUACCAGACACUCAUAGAUGCAGGCCUUCCACAAAAAGUGGCAGAGAACCUGGAUAAUAUAUUUCAGACUGGACUAGUGGCCUAUGCUGACCUGGACGAGAGGGCGAUCGACGCUCUGCGGGAGUUCAAUGAGGAGGGCGCCCUGUCAGUCUUACUGCAGUUCAAGGAGAGCGACUUGUCACAUGUACAGAAUAAAAGUGCAUUUCUCUGUGGAGUGAUGAAGACCUACAGACAGCGAGAGAAGCAAGGAAGUAAAGUUCAAGAGUCCACAAAGGGUCCUGAUGAAACUAAGAUAAAGGCUCUCCUGGAAAGAACAGGUUACACUUUGGAUGUCACCACAGGACAGAGAAAGUAUGGGGGACCCCCACCUGAGCAUGUCUUCUCAGGGGCCCAGCCCGGCAUCGGAACAGAGGUAUUUGUUGGCAAGAUCCCCAGAGACCUAUAUGAGGACGAGCUUGUCCCUCUCUUUGAGAAAGCCGGGCCUAUUUGGGAUCUGCGCCUGAUGAUGGACCCCCUCCUCUCGGGUCAGAACAGAGGAUACGCUUUCAUCACCUUCUGCAAUAAAGAGGCUGCCCUGGAGGCUGUCAAGCUUUGUGAUAAUUAUGAAAUCCGGUCGGGUAAAUACCUUGGUGUCUGCAUCUCUGUGGCCAACAAUCGUCUGUUUGUUGGGUCAAUUCCAAAGAACAAGACAAGAGAAAGCAUAUUGGAAGAUUUCAGCAAAGUCACAGAGGGCCUCAUGGAGGUUAUACUUUAUCAUCAGCCGGAUGACAAGAAGAAGAACCGCGGAUUCUGCUUCUUGGAGUACGAAGACCACAAAACCGCGGCCCAGGCCCGCCGCCGGCUGAUGAGUGGCAAGGUCAAGGUGUGGGGGAACCCUGUAACUGUGGAGUGGGCUGACCCAGUGGAUGAACCGGACCCAGAGAUUAUGGCAAAGGUGAAGGUGCUGUUUGUGAGGAACCUGGCCACACCUGUCACGGAGGAACUCCUGGAGAAAACCUUCUCCCAGUUUGGCAAGUUGGAGCGGGUCAAGAAGCUGAAAGACUACGCCUUUGUGCAUUUUGAGGAGAGAGACGCUGCCGUGAAGGCAAUGCAAGAAAUGAACGGCAAAGAGCUGGAAGGCGAGGAGAUAGAGAUUGUCCUGGCGAAGCCUCCGGACAAGAAGAGGAAAGAGCGGCAAGCCCAGAGGCAGCCAAGCCGGCCGGCUGGAUACGACGAUUACUACUACUAUCCCGCCCCACGGAUGCCGCCACCCAUGCGCGGGCGCGGCCGUGGCGGCAGAGGGGGCUACUCCUACCCGGCGGACUACUGCGGCUACGAGGACUACUACGACGACUACUACAGCGGCGGCUACGACUACCACGACUACCGAGGGGGCUACGAUGACCCCUACUACAGUGGCUACGACGACCCCUACGCCCCGCGAGGACGGGCGGGCAGGGCGGGUCGCGGGGCCCCGCCCCCUCCCAGAGGGCGAGGAGCGCCGCCCCCCCGCGGCAGAGGCGGCUACGUCCAGCGGGGGGCCCCCAUGGGCGUGCCAAGGGGGGGCCGCGGGGGCCGGGGGGGCCCCCCUCAGCAGCAGAGAGGCCGAGGGGUCAGGGGGCAACGGGGGAACCGCGGGGGGAACAUGGGCGGGAAGAGGAAGGCGGACGGUUACAACCAGCCGGACUCCAAGCGCCGGCAGACCAACAGCCAGAACUGGGGCUCCCAACCCAUCGCCCAGCAACCGCUGCAGCAGGGCGGCGACUACUCUGGUGAAGACGCGAGAACCGCUGCAGUUGAGUGAGUGAGGAACACAUCUGUUCUCUGCUGUGUUCUUCCCCAAAGAAGGGUGAGCCUGGUUUACCUCUUCACCGCUAAACUGGUGCUGCUUUCCUCUGCUGAGGGGCCCCAGACCAAUUCAGUUGUUUUAAACUGGUGCUGCUCUCCUCUGCUGAGGGGCCCCAGACCACUUCAGUUGUUUUAAACUGGCACUGCUCUCCUCUGCUGAGGGGCCCCAAACCACUUCAGUUGUUUUAAACUGGCGCUGCUCUCCUCUGCUGAGGGGCCCCAGACCACUUCAGUUGUUUUAAACUGGCGCUGCUCUCCUCUGCUGAGGGGCCCCAGACCAAUUCAGUUGUUUUAAACUGGCGCUGCUCUCCUCUGCUGAGGGGCCCCAGACCAAUUCAGUUGUUUUGCUCAGUAAAACUAUGCAUUAGUUCAAUGACAUCGCCAAUCUGAUGGGAACUUGUGUUAAAAGUUUCUAUAUUUGUUCUCUGUUAAAUGAUGGCGCCCCUAAAUAAGAACGUCUGCAUGAUACUUAGAGGAGAACGCGUGAACGCGGAUAAUGCAACAGUGUUUUCUGAGCAAAACACGGGAGAAAAGCUCUCCUUGUCUGAGGACAUUCUGAAAGCUUCCCUGAACUAGCACUGUGUUCCCACAGACCAGAACAUAACUGACAGUACCGUUCAUGCAGAUUAGGUUUCAACUGUUGUUGAAAGUUGAAGUUUACCGCCAUCCUGAGUAAGAGACAUUAAAGAGGGCAGAUGUAAUGGCUGCUUCAGCCUGUUUGAAUCAACCUGGAAGCAGUGAAUCAAAGACAAACGUUUAACUGCGACAUGCACUCAGGGGAUGUGUUGUGUCCAAAACGCUCAUGUCUAAAUUUGGAAACCAAUGGGGCUUUGAAGACAGUGAUGAGUGUUUUUCUGCUCACCACUGCGAAUAUUGAAGAGUAAUGCAAUUGGAAUCUUACGUCUGCCGAACAUUGCGGAAGGACCACGUGGUUGGCUAAUCUGUUUGUACAGGCUGACGGGAUGCGGUUGCCCCAUUAAAAGGUUCUUUGGAAGUGCAGAAGGAGUUCAUGAUCACCAAUCAUUGCCUGUAUUCUGGUGUCCUAUCUAGGAUCCCUUUGCCAAGUCUGUUCUGUUUAAAGGGAACAGGUGUCUGUUUGGAGUUGACCCCACAACCUCGUCAGUCUUCAGACAUGUUGCUUUCUUCAUUAGAUGUUGUCUUCUGGACCAUGUGUGCAAGCUGACCAAUAUCCCGUUUUCCCUAUGUUAGAUGAUUAGGCUUAGAGUCUCAUGCUAAUCUAUAUGGACAGAAUAAAGUCUAGUUUGAUACUCUUGUGUUAUAGGCAAAAUAUAUAUUAUUUAGAACUGGACUGGUGUCUAGUGUUUUAUAGUUUUUUUUUUAAGGGGAAGUUUAGUAAAAAACAAUAUUUUACGUGUUGGUAUUUUUGAUACAAUGAGUUUCUACAGUCGAUGUUUGACUUUUAUCAAAGACAAAAAUGGCAAAAUAACUGUUGUACAUUAAUAAUUUAGCCUUGAAUAUACAAAAAGAAAAUGUAUUACACACAAUCACUUAUUACCCAGUCUAGAUUGAAGUCCCCCUGGCAACUGACCACCUCUUGGUGGCUGUUGUAACAGUCAUGUUUAUUCAUAAUGAAUACUCAUGUAAAUUAGCUCAGUAUCUCACCCAAAAUACCCUGAAAUAAAUCUCGUUUGUGUAGCUGUAUGUUUCCAGUGUGAGACAGUAAAUUGAAUGUCGAUUUAUUUAUGGCAUCUGCUUGUAGUUCCUGAGUCACAUCUCGGAAGGAGCUCUGAAUUGUAAUUCUGUAAUUCAUGUAAUCCUGGUCAUGAGCGCCUCCUUCCUUCCAUAUGGUUUUGUUUUCCCUUUGCCCCCAUGCGUAUCUCUGUAACACAUUUUAUGACCCAAGUAAUGGCCCCUGCACACAUUUUCCCAGGCGUCUUUAUGUCCAAUUUAAAUGUGUAUCGAUCUACAUGUUACAAACACUUCAAAUGCCGUGCAAAUGUGAUGUUACAAUCGUCAUGUUGUCUUGUUGAUGAUGUGAGAUGUGACUAUGAAGGUGAAGGCCCUUGGAAAUCCAUCAUAGUUUGACUCAAAAAAUAACCCUGGUCUUUGAAUGACAAUGUCGCUAUUGUGCUUGAAAAUAGAAAACACUGGGUAACAUCACAUACAGAACAUGUAUUUAAAUUGAAUUAGCAUUUUGGAAUUUGAACCAAAUGAUCAGCGGACCAGAAGCCAAAUAAAAAUAUAUAAUUUCCAGGCUACAAACAGCUCAACCACCAAACUAUGUUGAAGCACUACGCCCAAAUUUACGAAAUUUGGUACCCGAAAUCGUUUUGCCUGUUCCCUGUGAUUUAAAAAACAAAGAAGGAAUCAAGGAAUAUCAGAUGACUUCCAGGAGGAGUAAUGUAAGUACUCUCUUAUUGUAUUUUAACUCCUUGCUUUUGUCACCUGGCUUAUCUAUCAGGGUCUGUUCGAGGCGGCUCUGACCCAGUCUUGUUACGAUGUGGACUUGCUAGGUGGGGCUUUGCAUUCUGAGGCUGCGUGAGGACUAAGGGUAAGUUUAGGACGUUUCCUUCCCAAACCAUUGUUCUUUUUCACUGUCUUUCUCUUGUCCUGCUUUAGGUUCUAGCUAAUCCCUAUUGGGAUUUGGGUGCCGAAAGCGAACCUCUUGUUUCCGGGUGAGUUAAGGUAAGAGAAAAGUGCUGCGUUCCUUCUACACAGUAAAAGAUAAGUUUGGAGAAAAAAUAAGAUCCAGAGUGGAAAAAUGGCUAAUUAUGUUAUGUUCGUUGUUGACAUUAAAUACAGAAAAUACACAGAAAAUGUUCUGCCUUUUGCACAAGCAGUGUGUUGUAAAGAUCAGCUCAAAUGCUGCUCUUUAGGGAACCAGUUCGUUAGAAGUGAAAAUAACCUGUCUAGGACUUUGCUGGUCCUCCGACUUUGCCUGGUGGUAAUUGGGACUACCGGUCACACAGUGACUUACCAUUAAUUAACAGAAACACAUUUGGCAUAUCCAGACUUCCACACGUACAAGCCAAAAAUCUGCACAUUUAGAACAUCAAUAUUUUAUUUAGUCUAUUAAAUCCUGCCUAAAAUGAAUAUUUAUUUUAGGCAAGUCUCAUGAAAUAAGAUAUUAAGAUUAAUGUAUUUCGCAAGAACUGAAAAUGGGCGUUUGCCCGCAGAGCUGUUAUUCUGUGUUAAGCCAUAAUGAGACGUGUUCGUGGAAAACGGGACCUGUGCGCCUGAAUAUUAGAUUUUAGUGAACGUUCGCUGUAAGACAAAUUUCAACAUCGUAAAAAAAAUCUAUAUAUAGUUUGGAUUAUGCAGCCCUCUAAUUAAAGGCAUGUGCUUUGUUCUUGUUUGCUGUUCUCUCAUCAAGUUCUAUUAUUCUCACCCAUUGGCAGGGCCAGGGGGAAAAUAAAUAUCAUUCAUAUGAGCUUGAAUAGCCAGGCUGUGCUUUCCUGUGGGUGCUUUUCCAUUCAUGUCCAUCACUAAGUGUUAGCGCUUGACAAAUAGGUCUAUACCAGCUGCAGUCAUCCAAACGGCUUUCGCCCAGGAUGCCAUUUAAAAACGUUUUAACUUAUAAGAGACAUUUCACUCGCAAGCCACCUGGUUCACUGUGCAACCGGCCUUCAUUUGUUUAAGCUCUGCAUGUGCCAGCUCCUCCAAGCUGCCCAGCACCCUGUUAAGACUGGACACCAACCACGACAUCCAAAACCAAACAAAACUUAUUUUGGAAGAUCAGCAACUUGUUUCCCAAUAGAUAUUUCACUAACAUCCCCUCUCUCUGCCCAACGCAGAAAAAGCAAUAAAAGAGGAAUAGAAGAACGUAUGGCGAUUAGACAUUCUGCACCCUGAAAUAAUAUCAGCCUAUUCAUUACUAAUAUAUACAGAGGCCCUUGGCAUAGGUCUACGUUCUCUCCCAGCCUCGUGGAUCGAUUGUUUGGAGCAUGCCCAUACAGUAUGAAUAAUACAGUCAACACUCUGAGGGAAUGACUAAAAUUUGAUUUAUUUUACAAUAUGUACAGCGCCCCCUGGAAUUAUUGACCCCUUAGGUAAUAAUGAACAGAAAAGGCUGUGAGAUAUUGUAAUUAUUUUUAUCAGCUUGAUCUUGAACACAACAAAAAUGCAUGAAUCCUAUAAUUGAGUGAAAAAAUUAUCAUAAAUAAAUAAUUAUUUUAUUCAAAAAUAUAUGUGCCUGCGAUCUGUAAUUUGCCAACAUAACAGAUCCAAGAUGUGUCCUAUAAUGUUUUCUGAGGUGGGAAUGGAUUUGAGACCAUUCCAUCAUACAGAAAAUCCAGAUCCCUCAUGGACACUGUAGACUCAACUUGAGCUCAGCCAACAGGUUUUCCAUGGGAUUUAAAUCAGGGGACUGAUGGCCACUGCUUCAUCCUUUGCUCUGUGCUUUCAAUUUGUGGUCCUUUUGGAAGAUCAAAGUCCAUGUUGCCAUGUGUCCAAACAAGGUUCCCAAGUCCUUUGGAAGCAAAACAGCCCUGUGCUUUCAAAGAUCCACUACCAUACUUCACAGUAAGGAUUGGUGUUUGAUGCCAAAAAGCUGAAUGUUGGUCCCAGCAGACCGUAUAAUCUGGUUUCAAAGUACCGGUGACAUUUACCAUCCAGACACUUACGUUUGUGGUUUGGUGACAGCAGAGGCUUUCUUCUGGCAACUCUUCCAAAUAACUUCUUAUUAUAAAGGUGCAAACGUAUAUGUUGGGUCACUAGACCACUCUCACUGUGUGUGGGGGGCGAUUACACAUCCAUCCUGGUCCAGGCCGGAUCAUCUCAACUACAGUUGUUUUACAGUUGUUUUUACUGUUUACCUUUUACUGGAGAGGGGCAUUUUCAGGCAUGUAGCUAUGUUUUUAUAGCCUGAUUUGUGAAUGUCAACAACCUUUUGUGUCAUUUCAUUGUAUGUUCUCUGGCCUUUCACAUGUUGAUGUAGUGAAACAAACGUUGUGGAUGACCACUUCAGAGUUCCCAAAGACUCAUACAAACUUUAAAAAGUAAAAUAUUCAUUGGAAUUUACAUCAAUAACAUUUUGUUCAAUAAGAUUAUAUUUUUUUUCAUCCCUCUAGCAGAGUUCCCGAGACAAAUAGAAUUUAUGCCAAGGCGCAUUGAAGCUGUUCUGGCGGUUCGUGGCCCAACACCUUACUGUGACACUUUACGUUGGUUCCUUCUGUAUCUUUCGGUAUUCUGUAUCUUAUAACAGAUGACAAGAUGACAGCCGUUAUAUCAAGGCUUUUGUGUCUAUGAAUUCAGGCAAUCACAAGCCACCUUUGGUUGGUGCCACAGUGAUCAGUUUUACAAAUUACUUCAGUUUAUACUUGCAUGGUUUGCUCGAAUCGAGUUGCAUUCAUAAAAUGUUUGUUGACAUGGAUUAGGAAGUAAGCCCUGCUUGAAGCAGAUCCAAAACAGUGUCGGAACAGAAGCCUAACACCACAGAGACUGGUUCACAUUGUUUCCUGUAUAAUGCUAUGUUUAAUGAAUCGCUACUUCAUUAUGUUCCUUUUCCCCAUGCAACAUUUUACUUCAUCACAUAUUCUUUGUCAGAGGUGCACAGUUUUUUAUUCCGCAAACCAGAUUGAACUACACAAAGACUGUUCAACUUUCUUCCCCUGAUACUUGCCAAAUUUGAAUCCUUUGAGAAAUAUGUUGAAAGUACCAUUUGAGAGUACUGUUUUAGCAGUGUAAGUCAUUUUACAAAUAAAAAUUAUUUGAUUUUA